CUUCAGACCACGCUGCAGACAGAUGAGGUGAAAAAUGUUCCUUGUGGUACCAGCGGAGGAGUGAUGAUUUAUUUUGACAGAAUUGAGGUGGUGAAUUUUCUCAUCCAGAGUGCAGUGUAUGACAUAGUGAAGAACUACACCGCUGACUAUGACAAAGCUCUCAUCUUCAACAAGAUUCACCACGAGCUGAACCAGUUCUGCAGUGUCCACACGCUGCAGGAGGUCUACAUCGAGCUGUUUGAUCAGAUUGAUGAAAACCUUAAACUGGCCUUGCAGCAAGACCUAACUACAAUGGCCCCUGGACUAAUUAUACAGGCAGUUCGAGUUACAAAGCCAAACAUCCCUGAAACAAUCCGGAGGAAUUAUGAGCUCAUGGAGAGUGAGAAGACAAAGCUGCUGAUCGCAGCACAGAAGCAGAAGGUGGUGGAGAAGGAAGCGGAGACGGAACGGAAGAAAGCCCUCAUCGAGGCAGAAAAAAUCGCACAAGUUGCUGAAAUAACUUAUGGACAGAAAGUGAUGGAAAAGGAGACGGAGAAGCGAAUUUCAGAGAUUGAAGAUGCUGCGUUUCUUGCAAGGGAGAAGGCGAGAGCUGAUGCGGAGUGCUACACUGCUAUGAAAGUGGCUGAAGCCAACAAGCUGAAAUUAACUCCCGAGUACCUGCAGCUGAUGAAGUACAAGGCUAUCGCGGCCAACAGCAAGAUAUACUUCGGCAAAGAUAUUCCCAACAUGUUCAUGGACUACGCGGGAAGCCAGACCAAGUUUGCAGAGGGACUGGCAGAAGGGCUCCAAGAAGAGGACGGGGUAGGAACCAGGGAGGACACAAAACUACUUCAUAGUGUUGACUGAGAAGAAAGAUUUCUAUUUGUUUUAUAUCAAAAGAAACCUGAACUGGGAGAUUCCUUUUCAUUUU